AUGGCCUUGGUUUCUAGAAGGUCGACUAGAUCGGAAAGCACCUCAAUAACAAAGGAAGAGCAUACUGGAGGAGCUUCGCUGACGAAGUUGUUCUUUCGAUGGCUUGUUACCUUGGAGGGUGAUCAGGAUAUAAAUGAUGGAAAAGGUUACAUAUCGAUCCCUAACGUUUCGAAUUAUAUAUUCUUCCUUGGUGGCAGGUUCAGAACGGUGAAAAGUGCCAAACCCUUGUGGUUGGGUGUUCUCUUCGUUAUAAUAUGUCCUAUGGUUCUCUUUUCUAUCUUUGAGACACAUAAAUUGUGGCAUACCCAAAAUGGUUAUAAAGUGCUGGUCAUUUUCUUUUACUAUUUUUGGGCCAUAACGCUAAUAUCUUUCAUCAGAACAGCUACCAGUGAUCCUGGCGUUCUUCCGAGAAAUAUUCAUUUGGGUCAACUACGAAAUAAUUAUCAGAUCCCGCAAGAAUAUUACAACUUGAUUACACUACCAACACACUCUUCAGUUUUAAAAGACAUUACUAUCAAGUAUUGUCCAUCAUGCAGGAUAUGGAGGCCACCUCGGUCUUCUCAUUGUUCAACAUGUAACGUCUGCGUGAUGGUUCACGACCACCAUUGUAUAUGGGUCAAUAAUUGCAUAGGAAAAAGGAACUACCGGUUCUUUUUAAUAUUUCUAUUAAGUGCAAUAUUUUCGUCAAUUAUCUUAUUGGCUAAUUGUACGAUCCAUAUCGCACGAGAGUCUGGAGGGCCUCGCGAUUAUCCCGUGGCAAUAUUGUUACUCUGCUAUGCUGGGCUAACCUUAUGGUAUCCGGCGAUACUAUUUACCUAUCACAUAUUCAUGGCAGGUAACCAGCAAACCACAAGAGAAUUUUUGAAAGGUAUCGGAUCAAAGAAAAACCCUGUAUUUCAUCGUGUGGUUAAAGAGCAAAACAUAUUUGAUAAAGGUUCCUUUUUGAAAAAUCUAGGUCACUUGAUGUUAGAACCAAGAGGCCCAAGCUUUGUCAGUGCGAGAAAGCCGCAUGAAGCUGGAGAUUGGAGAUUCAUGAAUUUAUCACCGGUACACAGCUUUGAAAAAAUAUAG